UUCACUCAAGUAUUUCAAACACUUCACUUGACUAAAUGGGGAAGAACAUGAAUCUCAUCCCUUCUCUGUUGUUACUCAACAAGCACAAAGAAAUAUGGCUAUGGCCUUCCUGCAAGCAGCCAAAAACCCUGUCUUUCCGAGCGACCACAGAUGAUUCGGUGUUUAUAGAUCCUACGGAGUCGUUGGCUGAGGCAGAAGUUGAGCUGACAACGCUUGGUUCCUACUUCACGAACUCAUCAGAAUCUGCCAGCAUGUCGACGGAGUCAGAAAAGUACUUUGAGAAUAAUGAGUGCUCCUCCAUGGAGACGGUUGUACGUGGGGUAAAGUCUGAACGGUUGUUUUUUGAACCCGAUCCCACAAGUUCGAUACUCGAAACUCAAGGGAGUGGUAGGCAAUGUACGCCUGUAGAUAUUGGUGUUAGUGAUGGUCGUGUUUUGCCAUAUAAAGAGAGUGUGGCGAUGGUGAUGGAAUCUGAGAAUCCUUACGGGGAUUUUAAGAAGUCGAUGAAGGAGAUGGUGGAGACUCAUGAUUUGAAAGAUUGGGAUUGUUUGGAGGAGUUGUUGGGAUGGUAUUUGAGAACGAAUGGGAAGAACAAUCAUGAGUUCAUUGUUGGAGCUUUUGUUGAUUUGCUUGCUGGGAUUUCUGGUGAUUGUGUUUCCUGUUCUGAUCAUUCUAUAGUUUCUUUCACUUCAGCUGCUUCCACAUUUUCUUCUCCCAUCUCAUCUCCUUUAUAUCAAGUUGGUAGAGAGAAGAUCGUCGAGGAAGGAAAAAUGAACAGGAAAAAGAUUCUUCUCAACUUGCACAUAACUUCAAGAAACCUGGAUUUCAAAGCUCAGAAUUAUCUCCUGGAAUAUAUAUAG